UACAUUAUAUGUAUACGCCAGCAAAAAAGCGGCUAGCGGGAAAAUUUUUCGGAGUUGAGAAAAAAUAUUAUUAAUCCAAUUAUAUAUGUCUGAUUAUCGUUCCCAAUCUCGCGGCGGAGGACGUGGCGGUCAAGACUACUCAAACGAUGAUGAUCCGCCCAUGUCAAGGCUCUUCAUCAUAUGCAAUAAGGCACAUACAGAGGAUGACUUCCGUGAGGCGUUCUCUGCCUAUGGGGAAAUUGAAGAUAUAUGGGUGGUUAAGGACAAGCACACCCAAGAGAACAAAGGCAUUGCCUAUGUAAAGUUCUCCAAAACCUCCGAUGCGGCGAAGGCCCAGGAGGAAAUGAAUGGCAAGACUAUCGGGAAAAUGGACAGAACACUGAAGGUUCUGGUGGCCGCAAAUCGUAACCAAGGCUCAAAUAAGUCUGAAAACGAACAGGAAAAAUACGUGAGACUGUUUAUUGUGAUCCCGAAGACGGCAACCGAAGAUGACAUACGGGACGAGUUUGCCCAAUGGGGCGAGGUUGAAUCCGUAACCAUUGUCAGGGAGAAGAACAAUGGCAAUCCGAAGGGAUUUGGCUACGUUCGCUUCACAAAAUUCUACUACGCUGCCGUGGCCUUUGAGAACUGUUCGCCCAAGUACAAGGCUGUAUUUGCCGAGCCCAAGGGCUCAACGCGUUCACAGCGCGACCAGUACGGUCGCCCGGCCGAGGAUAAUCCCGUCUACACCAAUCCUGGACGCGGGGGCUCCAGCUAUAAUAACAAUGGCGGCAGCAGUGGGGCCGGCAGCUUCAACAAUGAUUGGAAUACUUCCACUAACAACGACAUGUCUGCAUUUUUGCGCAUGCAAAAUGUGCCAGUCGCUCAGCCAUCGUGCCUAGAGGUCACCGUCAGCAACUGCGUCAAUCAGGAUCAGCUUUGGCGACUCUUUGAUAUCAUACCCGGCUUAGACUACUGUCAAAUCAUGCGCGAACAUGGACCGCGUACCAAUGAAGCGAUGGUGGUUUACGACAAUCCCGAAGCUGCCAUCUAUGCAAAGGACAAACUACACGGACUGGAGUACCCCAUGGGCGAGCGAAUCAUUGUCAAAGUGAAUGGCAUGAGCUCUGCACGGAUGGAUACCUCAUUUAUUGACAGUACGAAAAAAGCUUCUAGGGAACGCACUAAAAAGGAUGCCAUAUGCAACGUGCCCCUGCCUCCUGCCCAGCCUUUAGCAUCACCCGAUGCCCAAGUUGCACAACGACUUUUCAUUGUGCUUUCUGCGAAUCUUCCGCACUCCAUUUUGAAGAACAUUUUCUCGUGCUGGAAAGGACUUAUCGAUGUAUAUUUGCUUCCCAACAAGAACUGUGGCUACGUAAAGUACGCAGAGUGCGAAAGUGCCCAAAGGGCCAUUCAUGUUCUGAACGGAGCUGAAAUAUGCGGCACCAAAAUAAAGGUUAUGGAAGCUGAAGAGCGAAGCGGAUCUGACGGUGACGAUGGCGGCCGGAAGCGAUUGAGACGCAACUAAGUACCCACUGACAACAAAAUGAACUUACAGAGAACUAUAUGUACGAGUACUUUACUAACUUGAGAAAACAGUCCAAUCAAACACAGUUCAACUGACCCAACCAACCAAACAACAAAACACUCAAAACGGAAAGCAACAAGAACGCAGGACGCAGAACCAAGAACACAGUGAAAAAGCGAUACAGACUCGGAGAACGAGAACGCAGAACUUCGAACGCUGACCGGAGAACGGAGGACAAACAGCCAACACGAAUCCACCCGUACAAUUGACUAACAACUCAAGUGGGCUCUCAUACAGAGUACUCGUAGAAAGACCCAGACCUUAAACGGAGCCAACGAAACCAACACACCAACCAACCAACCAACCAACACCAACAGCUAGGGGACUAUCGGAUCUAUCCGCAAUACCGUUACGAAGCAAGCUACAUAACAUAUACGAACUCUGUCUACCAUGUACUAUUUACAUACUAACGUAUUACGACAUGAUAAAGAAACAAGAAAUUCAUCUUCGCGAAACCGCGAAUUAAUCAUGCAUAAAUUACAUACAUAUAUUUACGAGUAUAUAUAUGACGUAUUUUAAUCAAUAUUUUAUUGUGUAAGCCAUUAAAGCGAUAUUAAUAAAUGGAAAAUCCACACAACAAAAUUUGUU